GCCCGGCCGGCUCCCGAGGCGCUCGCGCCACCGGAGGCAGCAGACGAUGGACAAACUCCUCAGCAUGAAGCAGAAGAGGAAAUAGUUUUGCAGAGAGAUCCGUAUGUGACCGAGAGCCAUCCCGCAGCGCAGGAGUCCCCGCUGCGUCCUUCCUUGCAGCCAGCGGUUAGAAAUGCUGCUGUCACGAAGCCACCAAAGAACAGCAGGGCUGAGGAGCAGGAUGGAGAGGAUAUUGAAAGGAGAAAGAGGAAGAGGAAGGCAACCAAGCGGAAAAGAGAAGGAAAAAGUCAAGAAGAGGAAGGGUCUUUGUCUUGUGACAUCAAGCUAGAUGACACCCUUGAUCGCACCUUAGAAGACGGUGCUAAACAGCACAACCUGACAGUCGUCAACGUGCGAAACAUCCUGCAUGAGGUGAUCACAAAUGAGCAUGUGGUUGCCAUGAUGAAAGCAGCUAUCAGCGAGACAGAGGAUAUACCUUUGUUUGAACCCAAAAUGACCCGAUCCAAGCUGAAGGAAGUUGUGGAGAAAGGAGUGGUGAUUCCAACGUGGAAUAUUUCUCCAAUCAAGAAGGCAAAUGAGGUAAAGCCCCCUCAGUUUGUGGACAUUCCUCUUGAGGAAGAUGAUUCAUCUGAUGAGGAAUACCAGCCUGAAGACGAGGAUGAGGAUGAGACUGCAGAAGAGAGCUUAUUGGAAAGUGAUGUAGAGAGCACUGCCUCUUCUCCCCGGGGAGCAAAGCGGUCUAGGACCAGACGAUCCUCUGAUGAAGAGGGAGGGACACACUGUGAGACGGAGAAGGUCACUCCACCCRUUGCUAGACAUAUUAGUGCUGAAGUAGUUCCCAUGGGUCCUCCGCCACCUCCUAAACCAAAGCAAAGCAAAGACAGCACGUUCAUGGAGAAACUGCACGCGGUGGAUGAGGAACUGGCUUCAAGCCCAGUAUGCAUGGAUUCCUACCAGUCUCUGGAAGACAGCCUCAUUGCCUUCCGGACGCGCUCAAAGAGGCCGCUCAAGGAUGUCCCUCUUGGUCAGCUGGAGGCCGAGCUCCGCGCCCCAGAUAUUACGCCGGAUAUGUACGACCCCAACACCGCAGAUGACGAAGAAUGGAAACGGUGGCUUGGAGGACUCAUGAAUGAUGAUGUGGAGAAUGAAGAUGAAGCAGAUGAUGAUGAUGACCCUGAAUACAAYUUCCUGGAAGAUCUGGAUGAACCAGAUACAGAAGACUUCAGAAAUGAUCGUGCUGUGAGAAUCACCAAAAAGGAAGUGAAUGAACUGAUGGAGGAGCUGUUUGAGACGUUUCAGGAUGAGAUGGGUUUCUCUAACAUGGAGGAUGAAGGUCCAGAAGAUGAAGAUAAUAUCACCGAGACACGGCCAAAUUUCAAUACACCGCAGGCGCUUCGAUUUGAAGAGCCUCUGGCGAAUUUAUUGAAUGAGCAACACCGGACAGUGAAGGAGCAACUGGAGCAGUUGAGAAUGAAGAAGUCUUCAACCAAGCCAACACAAGAGAUCGAGAAAUCCAAACCUCAAAAUGAGAAGCCGCUCCAAAGCCUUGUUCUGGACAGUGCGCAAAGAAAGAGGCUCCAGCAACAAAUGCAGCAGCAUGUUCAACUUCUGACUCAAAUCCAUCUUCUUGCGAGUUCCAACCCUGCUUUAAGUUCAGAGGCUGGUACCACCAGGAUGUUUUUGAGUGAGUUGGGUAACUUUGCUCGCAGUUCUACACUCCUUCGUCAGUCAUUCAGUCCCAAGUUUCAGACCAUGUUCCAGCCGUGUAACUUGAAGGGAGCCCUGCAGCUCAUUGAAGACUUCCAUGCCCAAGUCCAAGUUGACUGGAGCCCUCGCAAAUCCGUGAAAAAGAGUGCCAAUGAAUUCCCAUGUUUGCCAAAGCAAGUGGCAUGGAUUUUGGCAACAAGGAGAGUCUUCAUGUAUCCAGAGCUACUGCCAAUAUGUUCCUUGAAAGCAAACCCGCCUCGGGACAAGAUUAUMUUCACCAAGGCAGAGGACAAUUUAUUAGCUUUAGGUUUGAAGCAUUUUGAAGGGACAGAUUUUCCAAAGCCUCUGAUCAGCAAGUAUCUUCUACCAACAAAAACUGCCCACCAGCUGACAGUACGAAUCAAGAACCUCAAUAUGAAUCGAGCCCCCGAUAACAUCAUCAGAUACUAUAAAAAGACAAAGCAGUUGCCCAUCCUGUUCAAGUGCUGUGAGGAGAUCCAGCCUCACGAGUGGAAGCCACCCGUGGAGAGAGAAGAGCAUCGCCUGCCGUUUUGGCUAAAGGCAAGUUUGCCCUCCAUUCAGAGGGAAUUGAAGCAGUUAGCUGAAGAGGCCAGAGAGAUGCCAGCUUCKCCUGAAACGGAAUCUGUCUUUGUGGGGGCAGAAAAGGAAACUUCAGACACGGAAUGCGAUGAAAAAUAYCCUCUGCUCAUGCCCAAGGGGUUGGUACUGACGUUGAAGCCCCUUGCCAAUCGAUUCUCCAGGAGAGCGUGGAGAAGGCAAAGGUCUUCAGCUCUGAAACCUGUGCUCAUUCGACCAAGUCCUUGUCUGCAGCCCAUUUCCAACACUCUGAACAUGCCAAAAACUGUGAAGUUAUCCCAGUCGGAAGCUCCUCCCAGCAAAGUUAUGGUUCAGAUUCCUCGGUUAAUCCAGCCAGCUGCAGUGGUGCAGACUGUGCCAGGAAUGCAGCCUUUGAAUGUUCCAGCAGUGGUAGGAAGUGGGGAGGGCCUGGAGUUUCCAAAUGUGCUCUCUGCUUCCGCGUCUGACUCCAGACAAUCUUUUCCAGCUGCUGUACCUCAGGCCCUUGUGUCUCCGAGUGCUGUAACUUUCCAGCCCAAACUCAUGUUGCCGGCAUUGGCUGGACCCAAAAUCCGCAAGCCUGGAGCUCGCAAGGUUUACCAGAAGAAAAAAGGGACAAAAUCUGCCCCCGUGAUAAAAACUUCGCCUUUGAUUCAGCCAUCUCCUGUCAUUCUCACUGUACCUGCCACCACGGUGAAAGUGGUUAAUAUUGGCAAUGGUUGCAAUAUGAUUCAGCCCAUAAAUACAGCAGUUGGGAGAGGCACUCAGGCUAUUCCAGUUACUACCUUAUUGGUAAAUCCAUCCACUUUCCCCUGUCCAUUAAACCAGCCUCUAGUGACUUCUUCAAUCCCUUCAUUAAUAGUUUCUCCCAACCCUGUUGGUCUUUCUACAUCAUCUGUUGUUGAAAGUGAAGAACAGCUGAAUCUGGCUCCUUCCUGCCCUGCUGUAAAUAACAAAAGUGUCUAUCCUAUAGUUGAGCCCAAGGUAGAACCCCAGGAGUUGUACGUUUCCUGCUCAGCCAUCUCUCCCAAGAAGGACYGUGGUGCAAAUCCUGCCCCUGCAACUAACGGCAGCCAGGAGAAGGUAAAUCAGAGCGACUGUUGUAGCUGGACAGUGGUAGAGACAGCGGAGGAGAACGCCUCUGAGCCCUUACCUGUGGACCUGCUGCCUCGUUUAGAAGAUGCAGAUGAAGCRGUGAAAACUGAGCGUGAAGAAGCAAGCGAUUUUGUGAAGGAAGUAAAUCCCUUACAGAAGAGGGAUCUCCUUUGUGCUGAAGUGAAGGAGGAGUUCAUGCUGGAUCUGGGCCAGGAGCUCAACAUGGAGGCUGCAUGCUCGUGUCCAAAUGAGCUGAAAGAAAUUAAAAAAGAGGGUCCCUCUGGUGAAGAGAAAGGAGAAGAGGAAAGAGAGGAUUUGCAGUCCCCCCCUCACAGUGAAGCCCAGGUGGAUGCAGGAGCUGUUGCCGGACCACAGGUGAGCAGUGAGUCUCCCAAGAAUCAUUCAUACACAACAGAUAUUGAGGCAGAAUUUAGCAGCCCGCUAGGAAAACCAGAGGAUUCAUCCAGUAUGGAUGGACAGUCUGUUGGAACGCCAGCCGGCCCUGAAGCCGGAGGAGAUAAAGAAGGACAAGAGGAAGAGGAGGAAGAAGACUUUGAUGAUUUUACACAAGAUGAGGAUGAAGAGAUGUCAUCAGCCUCAGAAGAAUCUAUUCUCUCAGUGCCAGAGCUUCAGGAGACAAUGGAAAAACUGACUUGGCUUGCGACAGAGAGACGUUUAAGCCAGGAAGGUGAUUCUGAAGAGGAGAAUUCUCAGGAAGAGAACUCUGAGCCAGAGGAGGAAGAGGAGGAGGAAGGGGAAGGAAUAGAGAGUUCACAGAAGGAUGAUGAAAUCUCUGGAGACCUCUCGGAGGAACCCAAAUCUGCCUUCUUGUUGACGAAGACAGCCCCACAGGUGGAAGCCAACAGAAUGCCCCCAGGAGAGAACAUGAAAGCCCCUGGGAAGAGCCGGAGCUCCCACAGGACCAGAAAUAAGAGGGGGCGGACUCGUGCCAGCAAAGAUACCUCUAAGCUGCUGCUUUUGUACGACGAAGACAUUCUGGAGAGAGAUCCGCUGCGGGAGCAGAAGGAUCUGGCGUUUGCACAAGCCUAUCUGACCCGGGUGCGGGAAGCCUUGCAGAAUGUUCCUGGAAAGUAUGAAGACUUUCUUCGCGUUAUCUAUGAGUUUGAGAUAAGCACUGACAAACGAACAGCUGUAGACCUCUAUUCCACUCUACAGAAACUGUUGCACGAGUGGCCGCAGUUGCUCACAGAUUUUGCUGCCUUUCUUUUGCCAGAGCAAGCACUGGAAUGUGGACUGUUUGAAGAGCAGCAGGCRUUUGAAAAAAGCCGAAAGUUUCUCAGGCAGCUGGAAAUUUGUUUUGCUGAAAAUCCUGCCCACCAUCAAAAGAUCAUCAAGGUCCUGCAGAGCUGUGCAGACUGCCUCCCCCAGGAGAUUGCGGAGCUGAAGACCCAGAUGUGGCAACUGUUGAAAGGACACGACCACUUGCAGGAUGAGUUCUCCGUUUUCUUUGAUCACUUGCGCCCCUCAGCCAGCCGCAUGGGAGACUUUGAGGAGAUCAACUGGACGGAAGAAAAGGAGUAUGAGUUUGAUGGGUUUGAAGAAGUGUCUCUGCCAGAUGUAGAAGAGGAGGAUGAGCCMCCCAAGAUGCACACGGCCUCAAAAAAUAAGAAAAGAAAAGAGAUUGGAGGCCAGAACACAGACAAGGAGGUUGAGUGGGUAGAUGGGAUGAAGGACUGUUCGUGCUCCUGCCACGAAGGGAGCAGCGAUCUCAAGCUCAAGAAGAGCAAAAGGAGGACCUGCAGCCAUUGCAGUAGUAAGGUCUGUGAUGGCAAAUUUUAUAAAAACAAAGAUUCCCAAGAGCUGGCUGUGAGCCUUGYCCAGCAAGAGUCAGGUCUGCAGCCUGAAGGGAGGAGUUCUGGAAUAUCCAAGGAAGUUGUGGAAGAGAGCUCSGAGAACAGAGAUGAGGGAGAGGAUGUCCAGAGCCGAACAAAAAAUGUGUCACGGAAAGUGGACACGCUGGUUUCAGGAGCUCCCCUGGAAGGAAGGGUCGUCUCCUGCAGAUACACAUCUUGCGAAAAAGCUGCGGUGCCCGAUAUCCACGUUUGGGAAGGAGGUGCCGCUGCUGGUGUGAGUGCUGCAAAGGAGAUCCACUCUUGCACCGCUGGCCGAGAGUGGCCAGACCGACAAAAAGCUACUCUAAAACUACCUCAAGAAACCAAAGAUGGCUCUUGCACUGUGGGAGGGGACAGUGAGGGACUAAACCAGCUGCGCCGGGGAGAUGCAGACACUUCCCUUGGGCUGGGGGCAGGUCCGCUGUCGUCUUCUGCUGCGGGAAAAGAUUUAACAGGACUCAGCUCAUCUUCUGGAAGUAGUUUAUAUCAGACUGAAGGGCUUCAUUCCAGCUCCUCAGAGGAGCUUACUGUCUUUGGCCACACUUCAAAGUUAGGCGUGAGAGAAUCUGAGCGACCGCCUUUGCCUUCGGAAGGGAAAGAACAGCAGAGCUGGGUUCCCCCAGGUAGAAAAGCAGCGACGGGCAAGAGCUGCUGCUUCCAGUCCCCUGCUGCCCCYGUYGUCCUGUCGGAAGCAGGUGCUAUGKGCUGCACUGGAGGCUCUCCGGAGAGCAGAGUCAGGUUGGACACRAAGGACUAUUGCCAGGUACACGAGCGCUCCGAGGAGCUGGAGUGCCCAGUGCAGGGAGCCUCCUUGGGGCAAAGGGAAGAGGAGCAGCAGCAGCAGCGCGUCACCGAAGCCACCGUGUGUGCCAAGAACAGCAAAGUCAGCUCUACUGGGGAGAAAGUUGUCCUCUGGACCAGGGAGGCUGACAGAGUCAUCCUCACAACCUGCCAAGAGAAAGGAGCCCACGUGGAAACCUUCCACGCCAUCUCGCAGAAACUGGGCAACAAAACGGCUAGCGAGGUAUCCCACAGGUUCAGAGAGCUCAUGAAGCUGUUCCAUACGUCUUGCGAUGGAAGCUCUGAAGAUGAGGAAGAUGCAACUAGUACUAGCAACACAGACCAGCUGUCAGAUAAAGAUCUCCUGCUCUCUGAGGAAGAACCAGAUGACUAAGGUUCUUCUGUCCUGAUAAGCUACUGACUCCCUCGGUCAGACUCGGUCACACAGCACCUUUUCUGCUUCACCUUCCUGAAAUACUUGUGACAAGCUGCAGUUCUAAAUCUGUUUUGAACUAGAGCAUUGAAGCAAGUUGUAAGAGKAAACGUGCUAUCCGGGGAACUUUAAGUUACAGAAGUGAGACUUGGGGACCCUGAGCUUGACCAAGCAGCCUUUUGCAGUGCAUGCAAUGGAGAACAUGUAAAUAUUGUAUAAUAAGAUGUCUSUUUUCAGGUGGAGCCAAGAUGUGUGUUUUUGCAAGUUUCUCUCAUGUUGUGUGUGGGGAAAAGUUGCAACCUGAAACCUGUAUUUAUUGUGCAGUCUCC